AUGGUACUAACCCUGAUCAAGGGUGGAUAUCAUUCAUCACAGCCCGCGGAUGGAUGUGCCUCUCCCCCUGACGAAGGUUUCCACACACCUUCUAGGAACGGAAAGGAAGCUGGACUGCCAUUACGCAUCCCUGGAACGAUUCUCGCGAAGUCCCUUUCUUCGUACAGUACUUUGGCCAUCCAAACGCAACUUUCCCAUCAUGUGUCCACUAAUGCAAGUUGGAAUCACCCAAACUGCGGCGCAUUUGUGACGAAGGCAACGUCUCGAUGCUUUCCCCCCAUCACCGCUUCUUUCACACGCCAUACACGCCAUGCACACCACCACAGCCCAUGUCGUGUUACCUCACGCACCGCAAUCACCUCUCUCUCCAUGCCAGGGUUCACGAUGGAUUCUGCGGGCGGCCCGCCGGUCGCAUGCGAGGCAGGCUUGGAAACCCUUCUUCGCCAACUGCCUUCGAUAGCUUGGCUUGAAGCUCGAUCGAGAAGCGGAGUCGUAUCGGUUGACUUCAAGGAACCCUGGCUCUCUUUCUCUGGUACGACGACCUCCGUUGGAAUACCCCCUCCGAGAUUACAGAAAGAUAUCGAGCAACGGAUUGGGCCCCUUGGGGAAAUGAUUUGCCUUUUGGAGCUGCGGUCGAGGAGGGAAAGAACACGUUUGCGGAAGAGGGGAUGA